AUGGAACACGAACCGCCUGUUGGCGGCCAGCACUACAGCGGCCGAAACAGGAUCCCCAACAUUCAGGAGUUUGUCGCCCAGCUUGACAAGGAAAAGGCUGAGCGUGAUGCUGCCAUUGAUGCCGAGCUCAAGAACAACAAGGCCAAGGGUGAGACCCUGGACCAUAUUCCUGAGAAGAAGCACCGCCUACACAAGAACAAGAAGACCAAGACUGUUCGCGACCCCGUCACCGGUAAAGAUGUAGAGAUCGAGGACGCCAAGACGGACUUCAAAGAGGCUGUUGAAAACCCCAAGAUUUCCAUUCCCAACGAAAACCUCGGCAAAGAAGCGACCGUCGCGACCUCCUCAGACCAGUCGGGCGAAGAGUACCGUCGUGCCCAGGAUAUCACGGCCCCGCCUGACCCCGUCGAGCCGGGCAGCACCUCCGACGUGCCCAUUCACAGCGAGAAGACCAAUGUCCUCUUUUACAAGACUCCCAGUGUCAGCUAUGAGCCCAUGUUCGAGGCCCUCGAGGCCCGCGCCAAUGUCAUGUGCGCCGCCAUCUUCUUCGGCAUCAUCUUGAUUGGCAAGUUCUUCGGCGGCAGCCUCUGGGGGCUGAUGCCCCUGUCUGUUUGCAUUGCGAGCGGUGUCUACCUCUGGUGCCGCGAGCUCAUUCAGCAGGGACGCAACGUGGAGUGGUCGAGCGAGAAGGAGCGUGGUGAGACGGCCACCGUCAACCUUGUGCCUGAGUCUGUUGAGUGGAUGAACACAGCCCUGGGCAUCAUGUGGGGUCUCAUCAACCCUGAAAUGUUCGCCGGUGUUGCCGACACGCUCGAGGACGUCAUGGUGGCCUCCAUUCCCGGCAUCGUCGAGAAUGUUCGUGUUGCCGAUAUCUCUCAGGGAUCGAACCCCAUUCGCAUCCUGAGCCUGCGCGCCCUGCCCGACGACCACAUGAAGGACGUCAAGGAGGAGACGCGCAAGCAGACCGAGAAGAACACCGACCCCAACGAGCUCGCCGCCAUGGAGCAGGCUGGCUCCUACUACAACCUCGAGGCCUCCAUCGCUUAUCACGCGAAGCCGUCCGGCGGUGACAUCUCGUCCAAGGCCCGCAACAUGGGCAUGCAGCUUGUCUUCUACCUCGGUGUCCGUGGCCUUAUCGGCAUCCCUCUGCCCAUCUGGGUCGAGCUGCAGGGCCUCGUGGCAACGGCACGGAUCCGCCUCCAGCUCGUGCCUGAGCCUCCUUUCCUCAAGACCUUGACUUUUACGCUCAUGGGCGUCCCCAAGGUGCAAGCCGGCUGCACGCCCAUGAUUGAAAAGGGUGUCAACAUUCUGAACCUCCCCAUCAUUUCCAACUUUGUCAACUGGGCCAUCGGUGCUGCGGCGUCCAUGUACGUCGCGCCGAAGAGCAUGACCCUUGACAUGAGCAAGAUGAUCCAGGGCGACGACAUCAAAAAGGAGACCCAGGCCCUCGGCGUCCUCUUCGUCCGUAUCCACCGUGCCACCGGCCUCAGCAAGCAGGACAGACGUGGCAGCGACGGCGGCGGAUCGGACCCGUACAUCACCAUUGCGUGGAGCAAGUUUGGGAAGCCCCAAUUCUGCACACGUGUCAUUCAAGACGACCUCAAUCCCAUCUUCGAAGAGAGCUGUGGUCUUCUUGUCACCGCCGAUCUCAUCAAGGCCGACGAGCAGCUCUCUGUCGAGCUUUGGGACAGCGACCGCGCUUCGGCCGACGAUGUCGUCGGCAAGGUCGAGCUCAGCAUCCAGAAGCUCAUCCAGCACCCCGGCAAGAUGUUCCCGCAGGUCUCGAAACUGCGCGGCGUCAAGGCCGAGAGCGAGAUGCCCGGCGAACUGGUAUGGGAGGUCGGCUACUUUGGCAAGACGCAGUUCCGCAAGGCACUCCGCACUGACGGCCGUGAUGUCAACCUCCCCAAGGAGCUCAAGGACAAGAAGGAGCUGCAGGACGACAAGGGCGCCAUCGACACGGCCGAGGAAGACUCUGUUGUGCACACCCCCCCCGACCCGCUGUGGCCCUCGGGUAUUCUCAGCAUCGUCGUGCACCAGAUUGUCGGUCUCGAGCUCGCCAACAUCACGGGCUCCCAGGGCAACCGCAAGGGCCGCGAGUUCGAGCCCGCGCGUCCCGAGGCCGGCGAGGUCAAGGAAGAGUCGGGCAAGAAGUUGCCGAGCUCAUACUGCACCAUUCUCAUCAACGACGAGCUCGCCUACAAGACACGCACCAAAGUCGUGUCGUCGCAUCCCAUCUUCAAUGCCGGUACCGAGCGCUUCGUGCGCGACUGGAAGUCUUGCAUCGUCACGGUUGCCGUCCGCGACUCGCGCAACAGGCAGCACGACCCCAUCAUCGGUGUCGUACCGCUCAAGGUGUCGGACAUUCUCCAGACGGGCAGCGAGGCCACGCGCUGGUACCCUCUCGACGGGGGCAUCGGCUUCGGCCGGAUCCGCAUCUCGCUGCUGUUCCGGUCCUGCGAGCUCAGGCUGCCGCCGAGCCAGAUGGGCUGGGACAUUGGCACAUUUGAGUUCCUGGGCAACAACAUCAAGGCCGAGCGCUACGGCCGGUCCAAGACCAAGGUGCGUCUCCGGACCGGUGGCAGCUCGGCGUCGAUCAAGCGCGACGCGUGCACGAAGCACACCGAGGGCGAAGGCAUGGACUGGGACAUUAGCGGCGAGAACAAGCACGACAAGAUCCGGCUGCCGGUCCGCUACCGCUACCGGUCGCCCAUCUUUUUCGAGUUUUACCCGGCCGGCAAGCGGCACCCCGAUGCGUAUGCAUCGCUGUGGCUGCAGGAGCUGGUGGACCUUGAGGAACACGACUUUGACCUGCCCAUCUGGAAGUGCGACAACGGUACACGUCUCGCGCAGAACUUCAUCACGCAGGACAACUUCAAGGACGUGCCGUUGCUCAAGGGGCAGGAGGCCGACGAGAAGGAGAAGGAAAAGUGGCUGGCCCAGGACGGCACGGACUGGACGGGGGCGUUCGGGACGGACCCGAAGGACAUGAUGGACGGCAGCCAGGUGGACCUCAACAAUGACGAGAACCACGACGACAUCAGCAACUCGGACGAGGACGACGACAACAGCAACCCCGACCUCGGCAUCUCGGACGGCGAGACGCUGUCGCGCGGGGGGUCGAACGAGGGCGGGGUCACGUCGGGCUCGAGCGACCCACGUCGGUCAUCGGCGGGCACGCGGCCGUCGGGCGACACGACGCGGACGACGGACAGCCAGCUGCACGAGCGGGCGUCCAAGAGCAACAGCCCGCUGGACGCGUACAAGGAGUACAAGGACCACAGCCGCGACCUGCACCGGAAGCACCGGGGUCUGAUGCAGUGGCGGCCGGUGAGGAACAUGCAGUUUGCUAAGAACGAGGCGCUGUUCGCCAUGAGAAAGGUGAAGAAGCUGGGGGCGCUCGACGGACGGAAGCCCGACGUCGAGACGGAGGUGUAA